AUGGCAUGUCUACCCAGUAGGCCCAUGACGUGAUCGUCAUCUUCCUUCCACUUCCCCCUUCCUAGCUUUCUCCCUCCUUCUUCACUAUUCCUUUUCCCUCCACACUGCCACCCCCCCCAAAACCAUUUUUAAUUUCCCCUUAUUAAUUAUUUGCUUAUUAAAUUAAUCCCACCCUCUCAUUCCCUCCGUCCCCGAUCCGUACGCAUGUCGAUCGAGCGAGGAAAAGAAGUUGGAGAAGGCUCCUCCUCCAGAAUCCCCGGCGAUCUCCCCCACCAGCAGCCCGCCACUCCGAGCCGGUACGAGUCGCAGAAGAGGAGAGACUGGAACACUUUUGGGCAGUACUUGAAGAACCAGAGGCCGCCGGUGCCGCUGUCACAGUGCAAUUGCAACCAUGUCCUCGACUUUCUCAGGUACCUUGAUCAGUUCGGGAAGACCAAGGUGCACCUGCAAGGAUGCAUGUUUUUUGGGCAGCCGGAGCCGCCGGCGCCGUGCACCUGCCCCCUCAGGCAGGCCUGGGGUAGCCUGGACGCGCUCAUCGGUCGCCUCCGGGCGGCUUACGAGGAGAACGGGGGCUCGCCGGAGACUAACCCUUUUGCCAGUGGUGCAAUAAGGGUUUAUCUUAGAGAGAUUAGGGAAUCCCAAGCUAAGGCAAGGGGGAUUCCGUACAAGAAGAAGAAGAAGAAGCCCAAUCAAGGCGGUAGUGAAUCAAAUUCCAUGCAGUUCUCUUGAUUCUAUCUUGAAAAUGGUAUGUGUUUUUCGUGUGUGUGUGUGUGUGUGUGUGUGUGUUUUUUCUUAAUUACCAAAUUCCCUCUUCUUCUUUUGAAUGUUUUUCAAUUUUUUUUUAAAAAAAUUACAGAAUGAUUAUUACAUAAUUAGGGAGGCUAAAUAAAUCUGUGAUGCUAACCAACACCAAUAAUAGGAAACUUUAUGAAAUCAAGACUGUAAAUUAAAAUUAUGCUAGAUGGUACAUAUAUAUAUAUAGAUAUAUUGCAUAUAUACAGCUAGCUUUGAAUUUAAACCCUGAAAGAUAACAAUUGGUGGCAGUAAAAGGUGGGACGAGCGAUAGCAAUCAUAUAAAUUUUAAUAUAAACAGUACGCACUACAGCUACGUACUGGUUUAUAUGUAGCGUUCAUUUGGAAGUGAAUAUAUUCAAUCUCCAGAAUAAGGAAUUAAUCUCAUUCCUUUCAUUUAUGCUAAACCCUAGAUAAACCCCACCAACCUAGAAAUCAUUGCUUGCUCUUCAUAAUCACUUUGAGACUGGCAUUAAAGCAAUCUGCACAUAGAAAUCACCCUGCUAAUCUCAGUAACUUUACUUUUACUAUCAUUUAUUUUCAAUAGCAUCAAACGUAAUCUGCACUGUAUCACACACACACACACACACACACACGCUCAUUCAUAUUCAAUCUGAACAUAAUAAUUAAGAAAGAUAAUUAAUUUAAUUAACAUUUUUUAUUUACUCCAAAUUUGAACCCUCUCCCUCGCCCUCCCUGGCCGAUAUAUGAUUCAAGAGAAUCAUACUGUCUCACCCUUCCCCCAGUCUUCCCCUUCUCCUCCUCUUAUCAUGAAUACCAAAAGAAAAACGUGUUUCUUUUUUCCUAAUUAAUGUGUUAUCUUUUUUCUUACUUGAAUGGGACGAUUUCGCUCAAAGCAUAGCAGAAGUAUGCCAUGGAUACAGAGAGAAGAGGAAAACUGAGGAGAUUACAAAGAAAAUUGAGAAUGUUUAAAUUAAUUAAUAUAAUAUCUCACAUUUGCAAGUUUAACCUUUUCUUAGAUUUAGCCUUUUUGGGAUUCUGCAGAUUUGGUGCUCCCAUAAGCUAUCAUUUGAGAUUCCAAUGCUCUCACACGUUAAUGUAUAUAUUAUAAAUGAAAGAAUGAUUAAAUUAAGUUUAAGGUUUCUUGUACAUCUUUUUAAUUAAUGAAUAGUUUAGUGCUUUUAAUUUGCAGGGACUUGUCGCAUUGUGUAUUUUUUAAGCAUCACAAGAUCAACUAAACCUUGUACUUAAUCAUUAAUUUUGAUUUUUAUUAGCCCAUGCCAUAUCCAUACAAAUAAUAUCUUACUCAUUGCUCUUCUUUUAACACAUAAAGAGAUCAUCUUAAGGGCAGUUUUGAAAAUUUAGCAAGCAUCUCCAUCUAUAAUUGUCCUUUGUACCUCAACAAGAUAUGAGCUACUUGUCCGUGUAGCACUUAACCUUUUUCGAUUCCAUAACAAUGGAAUAUUGUCUUUGUGCUUUGAAAUUUUUGUUAGAUAGCUUUGUCAUUAAACUUUUCUAUUGGGGUGAUCACGUACACACUGAUUUUUUUAGUUUUUAUUUUUCUUAUUGUUUUGCUUUUGUUCUUGUAUGUCCAUUUUUUUUUUUUUUUUUCUCUUUCUUUUAAGAUACAUUGUAGUAAUGCCCAUUUUCCCACAUCUAGCCACUCAACACCUAAUUAUCUCCCUAGCAGGGGUGUAGAUGGAGGAGGAGCAUCCUCAACAGAUAUUUGUAUGACACAUGCCUACCAAGAAAGAUCAAAGAUCAAAUUAUUGAUAUUACAGUGAUGAUAAUAUGGUCUAUCACUGGCCUUUGAUGGCUCUCGGUAGGCUAAGUGUCAUACAAAUUUAAUAUAUUAUUAGAUUGAGGGUGAUUUCGUGCAUCCCUGUUAAGGAGAAAAUCUUCGACCUCUUAACCUUUUCUCAUGGGGAAGUUCUCAAUAUAUAUAUAUAUAUAUAUAUAUAUUGAUUGAUUUGGGUCACAAGUUCACAAUAUUUUUUCUACGCUCAGAAAGUGUUCAAUGAUUGAUUAGUGAUCAAACUAAGAUCAGUAGCUUAAUUUUCUAUGUUUUAAGCAUAUAUAUAUGCACCUAGCUUAUAGAUGAGAUGUUUAUUUAUGUAGACUAAACUAUAAUAAUACCGCAGCCAAACAUGUAGGUGCAUGGAUGUAGCCAUACAUAUAAAACAAUAUCCUAAGGCAUUUUGGUAUGUAGACUGCAUUAUUGAAAGUGAGGGGUUGGGUUCCACAUGUACAGUACUACUAACCUUGUGAAUACCAACCAACUAGAUUCAUGUAGUGUAGCUAUGGACAUUAGAGUAAUCACAUUAAUUAUGACUUUUUCCAAUCAUUAAAAUUAAUUAUAUAUAUAUAAUCACCCGAAACAUGGAUUGUGCAAGUCGGAUAUGAUUUUUAUUCCACUGAUUGGGUCUUAUUAUUUUCUUCUUGAACUCAUAAUGUUCUCGGAUCUCAAUCAUAGUUAGCCAAAUAUCUUUGCAUAGUAUGGAUUUGAAAUUGUGGGAUUUUCAGAAAAAGGAGAGUAAGUUUUCAUCAAACUCCACUAUUUCAAGUUUGAAGUACUCGAUAGUCUUAAAUGCAAUAUUAAUUGGUAGGUUACAAAAUGCACUUUAGUUAUAUGGCUGCUGGAUCUACUCUGGUUGCUAACUGUUCAUCGUAAAUGAGAAAUCAGUUUGUGCUGUUUAUUUUUAAAUUACACUAUUCUUUCUUGAGAAUUUUGCAUUUUGUAGUGGAUUGUUUGCAUGAUGUUUCAAUUCCCCUUCUUGUACAAGGGAUAUUCACAAACAAUUAUUUCUGUGUAUUAAUGUCCGUCCAGUCCCGCUCGUCUCUGUGAGUAGUUUCAAGGCCAUUAUAAGAUCCUCUUAACUCUUUCUCUUUAACACCUAGGUUUUGAGGAUGAGCUCUCUAACAUGGUAUCAGAGUUGGGCCUUGGAUUGUCUGACUCCUCCGUGGGUUGGAUUUCUCGCUGCUUAGCUCCUCCGUGAGCUGGACUUCUCCUCGUCUCAUUUCUCCCCAUGGGCUCUCCUCGUCUCAAUUCUCCCCAUGGGUUCUCGUCGCCUCAUUUCUCCUAUGGGCUCGAGGGGGAGUAUUAAUGUCCGUCCAGUCCCAUAUUGUUUCUGAAAGCAGUUCCAAGGCCAAUAUAAGAUUUUCUUAACUCUCUUUCCUUAACGCCUAGGUUCUGAGGAUGAACUCUCUAAUACUGAGGAAAUGUAGCAUGUGCAUAUGUGUUUGGACACAAACCGAGGUUGCAACUAAAAUAAAAUGACUUCAUUUUUGUGUAUGGCGAUGAAUUCAAAUUAAUAAAAACCCAACUGAUCAAUUUAUGUGUAGUUCUGGGCAGUGGCAUGUAAAUGUUAAUAGAAACCGAUCAUUUUUGGCUGCAGGAUCACAUGGCGUGCAAAGGAAUGAAUGUGGAUGGAUCAAAAGGGGAUAAAUAUGCUGCUAAAACGGGAAGAAAAUUCUAUGGAAGCUGCAGCUAGCUAGCUACUGCUGUGAUUACUGCAUAUUUGUGUUAGCGGAUGAUAGUUAUAAUCAGGGAUUUGAUUUAAAUAACUCAGUACUACUGAUGCCCAUCGAGUUGGUCGACGUACGUACGUAGGAGUCCCCAUUUUGUUUGCCUCUGGAAAUUUGUAAGCUGUUGUUAUAUCUACAAACUCUUUAUUUAGCCCAAGUUCCAUCUAUGCAUAAACUAUCAAUUAUUAGCUGCCUUCUUUGUAGUAAAAAUAAUUACAAUUUCUCCUAUAUAUUAUAUAUGCAUCCUUCAAAUCA